UGGAUUAAUUUUGGUGCUUUUCGUGUUUUUAAGAUGACGUUUGGUGACUAAAUUUUAGUUAUAAAUUUUAACGACGUGUUGCGUUCGUUCCCCUAAAUUUUUUUGCAAAUGUUUCAUAAUGGCUGUCGAAGAAAUGUGAUUUUGUUUUGAAAAAAAAAUUCUAAAACUAUGUGCUCACGGUAUAGGGACUGAAGGGCGAAAAAUGUCGGCGCGCGGACAGCGUCUAACCUUUAAAAUUGCGGACUGUUAAGCCAGUGUUUUUAAAGUGUGACGGGGGGUUGGAGAUGGCCCCAUCGCCUGAAAACGACAAUGCGCCGAAAGCACCAGAUAAAGGCGAUAAAACAAAAACGGCGACGGCAGACACUAACUUGGAAAUAACCUCAUCCGCCGCCGUUAACAAAGAAGCCUCCGUGUCGGGAUUGGACGACGUCGGACUGAAAGCCCUUCUCGAUGAGGCCAUCAGUUACAAAACUCCCAAAGAUCGUGUCGGCAAAAGCGAACUGUUUCAGAAUUUACUAGAGAAGGCCGAAGAGGAUGAUAGAAAGGCGCGAGCGACGAGCGCCAGCGGAAAAGAAUCGGUUCGCUACUACAACACGACCGCUAAGCAUCGCACGAGGCGGCGCCGUCAGCCCACAUCGGUAUCGGAGAACUUAACGCACGGCGGUAGCCUAAACAAUCUGGCUGAAGAGAACUUGUAUGCGCCGACCAGUCACCUGCACCGUCUCACAAAGAACGUCAGCACGCGCCAGCGCCAAGGCGGCAGCCUGCCAUGCAACGUAAACGCGGGCGUCACCUCCUUCUAUGACAAGCAGUUUUUCGAAGAGAUGGCUCGUAAAAAAACGGAGGACAAAAAGGCGGAGUACACCGCGAUCGAGAUGGAAUCCGAAAGCCUGCUCGAGCACGACUCCCUCAAUCAGGAGUACAACGAGCCGGAGACGGACGUCCGCAUACCUCGCGUAACCACCAAGUACACGUCGCGAUUCAACCUCGACAUAUGCGGCGGAAGCGCGAACGUCGACGAUAGCCUCACCGUAUCCGCCUUGGAGAGGACCACCGAUAAGAUCCUGGAGAAGGAGAUCGCGUACGCCAAGCCUUUGGAGACGAUUUCGGCGACCAAUUGCAUUCCCGAAUAUCUACUGCCUAGCUUACACAGCCGCAAUAUUUUUCCCAUACCAAAGUACGUCGAGGACAAGAAAGUGGACGAGAACGGUAACGCCGUCGGCCAGGGCGACAGCAAGAAGAACAAGAAGAAGAAGAUUCAGCCGGCCGAUAAAAACGUUGUCGUUCUAGAGGGAAAGGAUGUUGUCGGUCACAGGAGCGAUAUCGCGCACGACGUCGACAAGAUCAUGGAGUUUCUCGGCGAGCAGGAGAGCAAGAAGGCGAGCGAUCACAAGAGCAAGACGAGCAACGCGAAAAAGCAGAGGAUCCGAUCGAAGGGCAAGACGGAGAAGAUGCAGAAGAGCAACUCGUUGGAGGAGAUUUGUGUUAGCAAAUUGGACGAUUUUAAUUUUAAGGAGUGCGAUGCAGGCAAAGUUCCUUUGAGGGGUACGAAGAGUAACAUCGAGAGGCCGCGCGAACGGAGAUCUUGGGGAAAUUCUGAGAGUUUACCGUUCCACGCCUCCGCGGAAAAUUUAGAAAGCGCCGACUUCCGCGUCGUUACCAAGAAGAAGAAAUCGAAGAAGGUGCGCAAUUCGAUGAGCAGCAGACGCCAGCACUACGCGAUGAAUUUGCGCGACGACCCGAAUCGCGCCUCGUCGCCCGAACCCAGGAGAAAAUCCGCGUGCUCCGUACCUCAAAGCGACAAGUCGAACGACUCGUCCGACGUCGAUUCCGUACACUCGUUACCCAUCGACACGGAACACAUGAACAUCGUGGACUCGGCCAAUCUAAACUUGCCGAUUUCGUACGCGGAAAUCGCCAAGCACACGAAUUCGCUGGAACGUCCGAAGUGGAAGGGGGAACCGACGGUGCCCCGCGAUCGCUCGCCGAUUAACGUUCCCAGCGAGGAUUGGCAGAGUAAGGUGGUCGUCGAGAAGAAGAUCAACAAGAUAUCGUCGACCAACAACGUGAAGAAUAUCAAAAAUAACGUGCAGAGUAGAACACUUAACAAAGUCGACGGCGAAAUUUGUGCGAACGUACCGGUGUUGCUUCAUAAUAUUCCCGACGUGCAGACAAUUGAAAAAAUGCAUUUUAAGCAGUUGCAAAAGACUUACGGCUUAAAUUAUUCCGACUUAAUCGCAAAUCACUACGUAGUACCCGCUUUAAGUAAUAAAUGUGAACAGUCGCAAGUGCAAUAUACGUCGAAUCCCUGUGAUAGUGAUAGAACUAAUUCGAGGCCCGCCGUCGUUAUUUUAAGCGAUAACGGGAAGGAGGUGUCCGAUCUAACCUUCGGAUUCGAGGUGAACGAACAAUUGUUAUCGGACGACGUUUGUGAAUAUUUCACUACUCGCUUUCAUGUGCCCGAAGUUUUCCACAAGCAUAAUCACGAUAAAAUCGUCAAUUUUAUCGGACUGUCUUGGGAAGAUGCAUUAAAUCAAACUAACGGAAAAGUGAAAUACUUCAGCGAUCAAUUGUAAUUAUUAAUUAAGCGUGUUAACGAUAUAUUUAUUUCUAGAGCUUGAAAACUAGUUUCUGAUGCAUGGUGCAUUUUUAUUCGGAGUAGGAAAAUUAGUUGAAUUUUAUGGCUGUAUAUUACGUAUACAAAACGGUAAUCAAGAGGCGCGCAGCUUGCGCGCGGUAAAGAGAGAAAGAGGACGAGGGUGUAAGCAAUAUGAGAGAAAGAGAGGUGAUUUAUAAUUUUGUUAUGUUUGUUAAUCCAGAAGUAUAAAUAUGUAAAAAUGUAUGUAACAUAAUAGCAAAAAAGAUAUUUUAUAAAAACGAAAGGUUUACGCGAGGGACGGGGACAGGUCGUUCUUUUUUGCCCGCAAUGAAGGGCGAUCUCGUUGCACCCGUCCCGUCGCCUAACAGUAAACAGGCUUUUGUAGUGUACGCAUUGGCUUUCUCGCCGUAUUUAAAUAUGCGACACGCCCCUCCCCCGCUCCCCUUGUACUUAAAUUGGCCGUUUCAAUUUACUAACCCAAACGGAUGCUUUGCGUUCAUAGAAUGAUUUUAGUUUGACAGUUAAUGGAGCGGUAGGUUUUUUUAAAAUUUUAUAUUGGAAGAGGGGGGAAAACGAGUACGUAAUGAGAUUCACGUCGUGCCACUUCUCAACUGCUCUCGAAUAUUCGAUUUCGUUACGUACUCAAGUGAUUUGUACAGACGUUAUUUUCGUACGGUUUUCGGUUUCUUUUUAAAUUGUUGGUAAUCUGUGUCCCGCCGGUUCCUGGCCUGCUCUCUAAAUUGUUUUUUGUUUUUUUUUCGCUUUAUAAAGUAAAGUGUCUCAAAAAAAAUAGUCAGUAUUUGUCACUUUGGGCGGUGCAAAAUUUUUUCCGUGGGCAGUCGGGACAGGAAUUGUUAAACUGAGCAUUUUGUUGCCGAUCCUUUUUCUUUUUUUUAUUGUUAUAAUUUCUGUUGAGAAAUUGUAUUUUUAAUAAUUGGUAAUGUCUACUUUACGUUGCUAUGAAUACAUUUAUUUAGAAAAUUGUUAUUUAAAUUUUAACAAAUAAAAUUUUUUGAAAUUA